UUCACUUUUGAUCCUUUGCAAAGCCAAGAUUGAGUUGGUUGUUAUCAACACUAGAGGGCAGAACGGCCGAAAAAAAAAAGAGUAAUUACUUCACACAUCAAAUCUGUGUUUACACCUACACUCCAUCACAGUUACACAAGUAAAUAUGAGAAGAGCAAAAUCAAUUUUCUAGCUGAAUGUUUUAUGGUAGUGUUGCAGAUCUGCAAGUGAGAGUGUGGGCGAGUUUUAAAUGCAGUGGGCGAAUAAGCCUUGCACAGCAGCUGAUGGUCCCUCCAGGUCAGUUACAAGUCUGUUAUUCACUCAGUGUGAGCAACAUGAGCUGAUCCCAGAUCUGUCCAUAAAGCACGCGAAGAGGAAGAGUUCCGCAUGGAUAUCUGUGGCUCUGACUUAUCCAACAUCUGAUCUCUCCAAUCCUCUCUCUCUUUCACACACACACACACACACACUUUUCUGUCGUUCUCACCAUCCACCUGUUUCGCACUCAAACUGAUGAGUUCCAGGCUCAGACAUUUACUCAGAAACGCAUUACUCUGGAUCAAGAAAACGCAUUAUUUUAUCAAUGUGAACGCUUGAGGGAUGCGUGACUGAAACCCUUCUGGAGGAACGUCGGCUGAUAAACUUAUUGGACUGUUAAUGGGAUGAGGAGAGUCAUUUUCUGGACGACGGACGACACACUCGAGUAAACCAUCAGUUCUUUCAUUACAAUUUGAAGCAAACCUCUUUUUAAAAAGCAGGAUUAUUUGAACGCGUUUAUUACGGUUGAAUUAAUGCCGUUAUUUCGAUUUUUCAAAACAAAUUAAAUUUUUAAUUUCGAUGUUCAGUUAAAGGACCGUUUGAACGUUACAUUUUCCAUUUUAUAGUCAUUUUCUCAAUAUUAAAUGACUAAGAAGCGACUGCAGACUCAGCAUGUGGAAUGAAGCGUUCUUUAAAACGUGAAUAAAACUAUUAUAUACUAUAUUUGAGUUGUUAUUGAACAUGGCGAACACACUGGAGAGGGAGAUUCUGGAGCGGGAGCUGCGUCCGCGGCUGUGCUAUCUAACGAAAGGAGAUCGCGGUUACGGAUUUCAUCUUCACGGUGAACGGAACCGAGGAGCACAAUACAUCCGCAAGAUCGAGCCGGGCUCCCCCGCUGACCUGUCCGGCCUGAGGUCUGGCGACCGGGUGGUGGAGGUGAACGGAGAAAACGUGGAGGGAGAGACCCAUCACCAGGUUGUUCAGAGGGUCCUGGAGGUGGAGCACCGCACCCGGCUGCUGGUGGUGGACCGGGUCACCGAUGAGUUCCUGAAGUUUCACGGUCUGCCAUGCACGGAGGAAAGAGCGAUAGAGAUGGGCUCUCUGUCGUCUCGCUCCUCUGCGGCAUCUUCUCCUCGGGGUCCUGCUACACCUCCUCCAUACAGCAGACAGAGCUCAGAGGCCAUCUUCAUUAAUAAGAGUCCGAGCAGCACCGGAGGAGUGAUGAACGGCUCACCGCUUUACAGAGCUCAUGCCCGGCUGACAUCACCUGUGCUUCUGUCUCCACCGUCACCCAAGACUCAAGCCGAGACUGAGCCCUUCAACCAACUCAACGACAAAACCAGCAUCACAUCUGACACUGAGUCAUUCACCAAACUCACCGACGAAACCAGCAUCAUGUUUGAGAUCGAGUCUUUCAACAAACACAACACUGAAUCCAGCAUCACUCCUGAGUCUGAGCCCGAACCCUUCACCAAACUCAGAGAAGAAACUAGAGUUAUCCAUGAGCACGAGCCCUUCACCAAACUCACAGAAGAAACUAGAGUUAUACAAGAGCCCGAGCCCUUCACCAAACUCACAGAAGAAACUAGAGUUAUGCAUGAGUCCGAGCCCUUCACCAAACUCAGAGAAGAAACUAGGGUUAUACAAGAGCCCGAGCCCUUCACCAAACUCACUGAAGAAACCAGGGUUAUACGUGACCCCAAGGCCUUCACCAAACUCAACAUUGAAAGCAGCGAUACCAAACACAAGGCUGAAAGCGUCCGUGAGCUAAGCACUGACCUCAGCAGAUCACAGACCAGCACACAGGAGUCUUCAGAAGCGGUGACAAAGGACCUGCGUCCGCGACUGUGUCACAUGACCUUAAGCGAGCAGGGCUAUGGUUUUAACCUGCACUGUAAGAAGUCACGCGCGGGUCAGUUCAUCCGCUCGGUGGACCCUGACUCUCCAGCGGAGCAUGCAGGCCUGAGGCCCCGGGACCGGCUCAUCGAGGUGAACGGCUGCAGUAUCGAGGGUCUGCGUCACGCUGAGGUGGUGGCACUGGUCAGAGCCGGUGGAAAAGAGACGUGUCUGCUGGUGGUGGAUCCGGACACUGAUGAACUCUUCAGCCGACUGGGCAUUACUCCUACAUCUACUCAUCUUAAAGAGGACUGUGUGGACGGGCCAAUCAUAGAGAUUCCACCCGUGUCUGCUUCAGCCCGCACCUCUCCACCAAUCAUCAACAUCAGCCUGAAGGAUCCACCAAUCACAAACGGCUCCCCAAGACACCAGAGUUAUAGAAGCUCCUCCUCCAGAUCCACUUUAUCAGAGACCAGCGCCGAACUCAGCUUUGACACCAGUAACAAACUUACAGAUUCUGACCAUCACUCCAGCGAUGAUGCUCGUAAACCCAAACAUGAUGGAAAGUCAAUGGAGCGUCCACUAGAUCCGUUCUGGGAAAGCGGCCUACAUCUGAGUCUGACCGCAGCCGAGGCCAAGCAGAAAGCCCGCGCUAAACGACCGAACAAGAGAGCGCCCCCUAUGGACUGGAGCAAGAAACAGCAGAUAUUCAGCAACUUCUGAAGGAUGUUCGCCAACUCACUUCUACAUGCACAGACCAAAGAAGUAGACCAGAUUUGAUCAACUUCCUGAAAUGAGGGAAAUUUGGCAUCUUUUUUAAACUAAAGGGAGAAAAUGUCUGUUUUAUUCAUAAAUGCAGGAGGUUUGUUCUUGAUGGGCAUCGUUUUAUGUGUCUAAUUGGGAUUAAUUUGAGGUUUUACUGCUGAAAUGUUUUUCAUAACCAGUCGUUUUGAUAUUUCAGCCAGUAAUGCACAAGUUCCCUCAGAUUUUCUAACAAAACAGCAGUUCCCACAUUGAGAAAAUGAGGAAGGAGACUGAGAGAUAGUUUAAAAACGUGAUUACAAGACAGAAACGGUAAGACAAACAGAAGCAAAGUCAAAUAGAAAGCUUUACUGCAAAGGAAAAAAAGAUGUAGACUAAAUGUCGAGCUGAAAAAAUCAUGAUCUAGCAGUAUCAGAGAAUGUACAGUAAGUUGUGUUGGAUGAUAAAGAUAGAUAGCAAGAAAGAACCACAGAGAAAGUUGAGUUCAAGAUUAACAGAUAGAGAGUUUCCUUAAAUGACCUAUUUAGUAACUAUUGAACUUGUAAAACCUCACAAAAUUCACUAUUAGCGCACAUAGCCACAUUUAAAAUGUUAAUUGAUGUACUUUAUUUUCCUAGAAAAUGGAUAAGUUUUGGAUGACAUCAUCUUGCACUACACAGAUUUCCAUCCAAUCAGAUAACAACUGUUUUAGUUUAUUUUUUGAAGGAGCAAGCUUCUCCCACACUAAAGCAAUGUUUAUUUAUUUGUCUUCUUGUCAUUUUCUUAGAAAUGUUGGUUUUGUUUAUUAAAAUGAUACAGAUAAUGGUUUAUUUUAUCACUCAAAGUAUUCACAGAUAUUAUAGUUCAGCAGGCUCCCAUUAUCAUCUUGUUGUACAUCAAUACUAACCUGUCUGAACAUGUUUCAAAAUCAAAAACUAACUGGUUUCAAUUGUUUGCUACACUUGUCUAUAAAUAUCUAGUUAAUAAUAAUAUUAGCUUAAUACAAUAUGAUACAUUCUAAACACAUAUAGUAAUACAAAAAUGCAACUAAUCACAGAAAAAAGUCUUUAUAUUUUUAUCUGAGACAUGUAUUAUCAUUUUAAGCCUGUUUUGUUUGUUAUUAUUGUAUGUAAAUUGUUCUUGUCACACUCAUAUGAUGUAUGAACAUUUUCCCAUAUGCCAGGUUCGCCCUCACACACGUAUAAAGCGAAAUAAACAAAGUAUUUUAGACAGAAGUUGUAAUAAAGUGUGGUCUUACUCUGACGGUGCAACCUGACGGUCUCUCUGGCUCUCUCAGUUCUCCGUCGUCAUCAGAUCUGCACUGGCGCUAAAUGAAACCGCCACUGUCUCACAUCCCUUUCUGUAACCCCUCAGAGCAACUGCGUUGUUUUAAACAGCCGUGUGAAUAUUUCUUAACCGAAGUCGUCGUUUUAGCGUUUUAUAUAUAUAAAAAACGAUCUCGUCUGCUGUUUCAGUAAGUCUUAUCUUUGUACAAUGAUCAUAGUAUGCCGUUUUCGUCGUGUUUUCUCACCUUUUAUGAUAUUUUCAUGUAUUUUAACCACCAAACGCGAACUGUUUGAGCGGGAAACUGAAGUAAACGCCUCACACCUGCUGUAAGCUGAAACGUCACUCAACCUAAUCAAUAUUUAAUUAAUGAUAAUAUUUACUUUAAUAUUAUGAUUAAUAUAGCCUGAUAUCCUGUAUGUUAAGUAAACGAACGAAUUGUAAAAGGUGAACUAAUAUUUUGUGUACAAGUUAAACUUUAAAAGGAGGUAAAUAUUCAGAAGAAUAGCCUAUAAUAUAUUAUUAUGGCUAUUAAUUUAUUUUAUUAACACGAUUAAUAUUAUAAAAAUAGGGAAAUAAUAUUAAUAUUGAUAUUUUGAACUGAUUCGUAAAGCUGUAUUGAACUCAAUGCUUUACUACGUGAGAUUUAACUAGCCUAAUAACAAUUUCAGAAAAAAAAGUUAUGCUUAAAAUUGAUAAGUAAAACUAUUGAGAUUAUUGGGAAUGGAUAUUAUUAAUAUUAACACGACUGAUACAAAUAAUUGUUAAUUUUACGUCUGAUUCAGGUGAACUUAAGCAAGUAAAUGAUGUACUGUUGAUGUACUGUACUUUUACUUGAUAGUAAAACUAUCAAGUGAGACCAAUAUUACGAAUAUUUAAUAUGAUAUUUGUUAACAUGCUUAAAA